AUGGGCCAAACACUUUCUCGACGAGACUCGGUCACUGCCACUUUAGAUUUGACGGAUGGAGCGUCUAGUACUGACAGUUUACAGGAGCGAGUGCUUGUGGUUGGCGGUGGAAACUUUGGCACUUGUUUGGCUGACCAUCUUGCUGACAAGGGUAAUAGUGUGACCAUCUGGGCGAGAGACCAAUCUCUUGUGGAUGGUAUUAUGAACGACCACAUCAAUCAUAAAUAUAUUCCUGGUAUUCAACUUUCUCCAGGACUCAAGGCAACAUCUGUUCUAGAUGCAAACACUAUUCAAUCUGCAACUGUCAUUAUCAUGUCUAUCCCAACUCAGUACAUGCGAUCGAUUCUGGAAAAGAUUCGUGAUCACCUCACUGUGAAUCAAUUAUUGGUGUUUGUCAAUAAAGGUAUUGAAGAAUCUUCUGGACUGCUACCAAACGAUAUUGCCAUUCAAGUAUGCGGUAUCGAGAUUGGCGAACGUGCUGCGUUUUUAUCUGGUCCGAGUUUUGCUGCAGAAGUAGUCAAACGACAACCUUCUUGUGUGUCGGUUGCAAGUCGUUCCCCAUUAAGAUCUAAACGCACACAGAGAUUGUUUCAUGCUCCACAUUUCCGAGUGUAUGAAAUUCAUGAUACAAUUGGCGUAGAAGUCGCUGGUGCACUAAAGAAUGUCAUUGCAUUGGCUGCUGGUGCAUGUGCAGGUGUUGGAUUUCAAAUGAAUUCUCGUGCAGCUCUUAUUACUCGAGGAUUGGCUGAACUUGCUCGGUUUGGUGUUGCUUUGGGUGCAAAUCCACUCACAUUUGCUGGAUUGAGUGGUGUUGGUGAUCUCUUGCUCACAUGCACUUCAGAAAAAUCGCGAAACUUUACUGUUGGAUAUCGUAUCGGUAAAGGAGAAACACUCGAAGAAAUCAUUACAUCGUUGGGAUCAGUUGCUGAAGGUGUAGCCACGACAAAAGCUGCUUAUGCUCUUGCUCGAAAGCUCAAUGUUGAUUCACCCAUUACAGACGAGGUGUAUGCUGUUUUAUUUGAAAAAAAACCAGUAAAGCAAGCCAUGAAGGAUCUGAUGGAACGAGAUCCAUCCGAGGAAAUGCGUGGAAUUCAUAUUGAAUAA